CACUAUAAUUCCUGUCGUUCGAACGGAUUCCAUUCAAUAAAAAUGGGAUUGUUUAUCGCUAUUUCUGCUAUUGGAGGGAUUUUUUGCAUUGUAUUCGUCAUGGCUGUAUGUCUUGUCUAUCAACCUGCCAUCUCAUUCAAUGAAUUCCAGUGAGCUGAGCUUUCCAAGUAAUCUUGAGCAGCUGAGAAGUGUGGUAGAUAUUCUACAGGAAUAUAAGAGUGAUAACUUUGGCUAUAUCCUUCUGCUGUUCUGUAGUGCAUAUCUCUACAAGCAAACUUUUGCUAUUCCUGGAUCAGUCUUCAUGAAUCUUCUAGGAGGUGCUUUAUUUGGUCCAUGGUUAGCCUUCCCUAUGUGUUGUGUGUUAUCAGCAUUUGGUGCAACCUUGUGCUAUCUACUCUCUCACUUCUUUGGUAGAGCUCUUAUCAUGAAGUAUGCUGCAAACAGGGUCAAACCACUUCAGAAAAUGGUUCAAGACAAUCUCGAGAGCCUGUUCUUCUUUCUUCUCUUCCUGAGGUUGUUUCCAAUGUCACCAAACUGGUUUCUAAACAUGGCAUCCCCCAUCCUUGAUGUACCUAUCAUCCAGUUUUUCUUCUCAGUUCUUAUAGGUCUGAUGCCGUAUAACUUCAUAUGUGUGCAGACGGGUUCUCUCUUGUCUGAAAUCACAUCUGUAAGGGAUGUUUUAACCACUGGAACGAUGCUCAAAUUGGCAACUAUGGCAGUAGUUGCUCUUGUGCCUGGUAUAGUGUUUAGGAAGCAGAAAAAGAAGAUGGUGAAAGAAACAUGAAAUGUGUGACUUAGAGAAGGACUCAGCUCUAGCUAGGUCUGUUUUAUUUUGUUUUGUUAUGAAUUGGUAUGCUGAAAGUAUGCUGAAACUUAACUCCCGAAUAUGUUGCAUUGUAGCAUUUGCAGAUUUUGCACAGUUGAACUAGAAACAAAUAUUAUGCUUUUAUCAGUUUUAUGUAUUACUUAAAAUCACGUGAUAUCAGUCAAAAUCCUCUAUAACUGUUAAUUUUGUUGGUGCUAUGUAGGCAUUUAUUUGUAAGAGUAUACUCCAAUAUGUAGGGUAUUUUCAGGUGAAGUUGUAGGUACAAAAUAUUGUAAUUAUUCUUCUCUUUGCUUGAAGCUUUGAUAACAUAAUUAUUAAAAUCACUAUCUUAUGGCACACAGGCAGAUUUGUUAUACACAAGUACCUAGAGCAAAUAUGUACCCCUCCUACAUCGAUAUGGCUAAAUAAUACUUACCAGUAAUUGUCAUUUUGAUAACUUAGAUAGUGCCUUCAGAUGCACCCACACACAAACAAUUAUGCCUUUUGCAUCAUAGAACCAUCUUCGAGUGCCACUACCAAAAUUACUUUUGAUUUAGCUUGAGUUCUUGACUCAUGCAUUUAAAUCUUAAGUAAUGAAAGGAAUAUGCAUUUGAAUUAGAAACUGAAUUGAUCGAUAUCACACACUAUUUGAGUUUGGGUAGAGUAGCAGUUAUUUUUUCUGCCUUUAAAUUAAGGAAUUUCUUGCCAGCUAUCCUAAGCUCAUCCCUGAAGAACAGUUACCCUAAAAGCAUUUUACCAAAUGAGCUGCUUGCAUCUUCAUCUAAUGUUAUAUUAUAACUGAAUAUAUAAACUAGCUGAAGUCGUGCAAUACCGGUAAGCAAAAUUAUGUACGGGUCAGGUCUGAAUUGUAUAGAAAUCAAAGAACUAUAUUAUUUGAUAUAUAUGUAAUUCUUUAUAUGCAUUGAAUGAAAAUUAUUAUUUCAUUUGCAUAUUUUGAGUACUUGUAUUUAAUCAAUUGUUAAAGUAAUAAUUGUAUGAAACUGUAAGAAGAAUGCAAAUAUUGGCUCUUUUAAUAUAUAUGAUUGUAGGGUUCAUGUAGCUCAAAUUAUAAGUAUAUUUGAUUGCAAAUUGUUCUCAAAGUGAUAUUGAUUCAUUCCACAUUUUACAUCUAUGCAAUAAGUUUGUUCUAUAGUGCGGAUAUCUUGUUGAUAAAUCUGUACUAUUUUGUAUGUUUACUACAUUUUUAUAUCCUAUAUAUCUGUAAUCAAUGUAAUGAUCAUAACAUAAAGUAUUUAAAUUUCAACUCAGGUUCGUGGCACAAUACAUACAAUUGUGUCAUUGGCGUGGUUUACAAGACAUCUAACUUGCACACCACCUGCAACACAUAAAACUGAGAGAGGAAUACUGAAAUGUUAUCCUUUUUAUAUAAAGGUGAUUGUAUUUGAGUCCUUAUACAGUUACCCUCUUAAACAGAAAACAUGGUAUAUUUAUGACCAGAUGAUAUAGACGAGAUAUACAUGUAAGUGUACAUAAUCUCUCCAUCAGUAUUUUCUGCAUGGAUGUAUAUGUCAGCCAAGUUCCAAAAGAA